AGAAAAGAAAAAAAAGAGGAAAGAGACUGCGUUUAAAAGCCAAUAGCGCCUUGGCCUGAUACUCAAGCAAAAGAAAAACCCAUCUCUCUCUCCUCUUCAUCGGUGCAGUCACCAGCGAAAUGGCUCAUGCCAAUGUUCUCAUGGUGGCUGAGAAGCCCAGCAUCGCUCUCUCCAUUGCUUCCGCACUCUCUCGUGGCCAAAUGUCUACAAGAAGGGGCAGCACCGACGUCCACGAGUUUGAUGGAUUUUUUCUUGGAUUUCGUGCGCGUUUUAAAGUCACUUCAGUUAUUGGGCAUGUUUUCAGUGUAGAUUUUCCAGCAAAAUACCAAGAUUGGUCAGUCACUGACCCAUUGGAACUUUUCCAUGCGCCAAUUACGAAGACAGAAUCAAACCCUAAGGCUCAUAUUUGUAGGCAUUUAAGUCAAGAAGCCCGUGGCUGUGGUCAUUUGGUGUUAUGGUUAGAUUGUGAUCGUGAAGGAGAAAAUAUAUGCUUUGAAGUUAUUGAGUGCACUGGCUUUCAUGAACCUAGAAGAAGGGUUUAUCGUGCACGGUUUUCUUCUGUGUUAGACAAAGAUAUUUUGAAGGCUAUGGAUAACCUUGUUGAACCCAAUAGAGAUGAGGCACUGGCGGUAGAUGCUCGGCAAGAGAUAGAUUUGAAAGUCGGAGUUGCCUUCACACGAUUUCAAACCACUUAUUUCCAGGGAAAAUAUGGGAAUCUUGACUCUAGAGUCAUCUCCUAUGGACCAUGCCAAACUCCCACCCUAGGGUUUUGUGUACAGCGUUAUUUGCAAAUAACUACUUUUAAGCCGGAAAAGUUUUGGGUUUUGCGACCUUACAUAAUACAAAAUGGUUAUGAACUUCAGCUAGAAUGGGAGCGUAACAAGUUGUUCGACGUAGAUGUCGCUACGAUGUUUCAAAAGUUGGUAAUGGAAGAUGGAAUUUUAGAAGUUAAUGAAAUAUCAGAAAAACAGGAAAGCAAAAGUCGUCCUUCUGGUCUUAAUACAGUGAAUCUUCUGAAGGUUGCUUCAAGUGCACUUGGCUUUGGACCACAAAUGGCUAUGCAACUGGCUGAACGCUUGUAUACUCAAGGAUUCAUCAGCUAUCCACGUACGGAGAGCACAGCCUAUCCUUCUUCAUUUGAGUUUAGAGGCACACUUGGUGCACUAGCAAACAACCCUACAUUCGGCAAUUAUGUGCAGAGACUACUCACCGAUGGGUAUCAUAAACCACAAUUUGGAAAAGAUGCAGGUGACCAUCCUCCCAUUACCCCAAUGCGGUCAGCAACUGAGGAUAUGCUAGGCACAGAUGCUUGGAGGUUAUACCAGUAUGUCUGUCAACACUUUAUAGGGACUGUGUCUACCGACUGCAAGUAUGUAAGGACAAAGGUUGAAUUUUCAAUAGGUGGAGAAUCCUUCCAUUGCACCGGGCAUCAUGUUACAGUUGAAGGAUUUACAUCUGUUAUGCCAUGGUUGGGAGUAAAUGAGAGAAAGCUUCCUCGGUUUAUGAAAGGAGAGAAGAUAGAAGUUUCAAAAGUGGAGCUAUAUGAGGGGAGCACCAUGGCUCCAGAUUAUCUCAGCGAGAGUGAGCUGAUUUCCCUGAUGGAAAAGAAUGGAAUAGGCACGGAUGCAUCAAUAGCUGUGCAUAUUAACAACAUAUGUGAACGCAACUAUGUACAGGUACAAGCUGGCAGAAAGUUGGUUCCAACUGCCCUAGGUAUCACCCUGAUAAGAGGCUAUCAAUGUAUUGAUCCAGAUCUCUGUUUGCCAGAUAUUCGCAGUUUCAUUGAGCAACAGAUUACUCUUGUUGCUAAUGGUCAAAUGAAUCAUUUUCAUGUUGUACAGCAUGUACUACAACAAUUCAAGCAAAAGUUCACUUAUUUUAUUAAGCAGAUUGAAAACAUGGAUGCGUUGUUUGAAGCACAGUUUUCUCCACUUGCUGACUCAGGACGUGCUCUUAGUAAGUGCGGGAAAUGCCUUCGAUACAUGAAAUACAUCUCUGCGCAACCAGCACGGAUGUACUGCGGAACAUGUGAGGAGGUUUAUUAUCUUCCUCAAAAGGGAACUAUCAAGUUGUACAAGGAACUUUCUUGCCCUUUAGACAACUUUGAGCUUCUAAUCUUCUCCAUGCCUGGCCCAGAAGGCAAGUCAUUCCCGCUCUGCCCAUACUGCUACAAUAGCCCUCCAUUUGAAGGUGUUGACACGCUCUUUGGUGCCAUUAAAAGCCGUACUUCUGGCAAGUUGGGGAAGGGAGCUGGAAUGCCAUGCUUCCUCUGUCCGCACCCGACAUGCCGACAUUCAGUGAUUGCCCAAGGAGUCUGUGCUUGCCCGGAAUGUAGCGGGACGCUUGUCCUAGACCCUGUAAGUGCUCCCAAGUGGAGACUUGAUUGCAAUAUGUGCAAUUGCCUUGUCUUCCUCCCUCAAGGUGCUCACAGGAUUUCCACUACUCGGGAGCGGUGUCCAGAUUGCGACACUACAAUCAUAGAAGUUGACUUCAAUAAGAAGACGACCCCUUUGGAGGAUGGAGCUACCCUUUAUGUUGGUUGCAUUCUUUGCGAUGAGUUGCUUCAUUCACUUGUGGAAGUGAAGCAUGGCAAGUCAUUUUCCAGGCGCAUGAGAGGUAGAGGAAGAGGAAGAGGACGGGGUGGUGGGAAAAGAGGGGACCCCAAAAUGAGUUUCCGAGAUUUCUGAACAAAACGUCAUAUAUAUAUAUAUAUAUAUAUAUAUAUAUAUAUAUAUGCUUUUAGCACUUGAAACUGCCAUUUCCGUUUGACUGAAAAACUGUUUGUAACUUACCAAAAAAAAAAAAAAAUGUUUGUUAAUAAUAUUCAAUUUUAUGAUUACCGCUUUGUGAAA